CGUGUGGCUUCCGUCAAAGAUUCGCCGCUACUCUCACUGGAGAACGGUCAGUUCGGCGGGUUUUUAGGUCUGUUGCUGACAGAGCUCAGUAAAGCGAUGAAUUUCACAGUGGAGAUUUUGGAUCCAGUGGAGGCAUUCGGUAGCUGGAGCGAGCAGCAGAAGAUUUGGGUAGGUGCGGUCGGCCAGUUGGUGUCCAAUGAAGCCGACAUCGGCAUCUCCGCAUUCACGAUGACGGCCAACAGACGAAACGUUAUCGACUUUACGAUUCCAUUGGUACGCUCGCGAUAUUGCCUCUAUUUUAAAAAGCCCAUCGUGUCCAACGUGCAAUGGCAUUUGUACUUAGGGCAAGGUCUGCCAGAAUUUCCCAGAGAAUCGCCAAUGAGGCUGGCUUUCUUCUCGAUUUACGUCUCGUCGAUAAUAAUUCUGGCCAGUUAUUCUGCCUCGUUGAUCAGCUUUCUGGCACUCAAUACCCCUAAACUGCCUUUUUCCACUCUGGAGGGUUAUGUGAAGGACGGCACUUAUAAAUUAAUUGUUAUGCAAAACAGCGCCGAUUAUGACGUUCUUAGUAGUGUCAAAGAUCCAGUUUAUCUGAAAAUGUACCAAUUGUUGGAGGAGAAGAAGUAUUUACCAGAAACGUCGCUGGACGGUUUCAAGCAAAUCUGUCAGCGAGAGAACUUGGCAUUUUAUACGACGGAGGUGUUCAAAGAAGCUAUGAACAUGUAUAUACAGUGUAAGAUCGUAUACAUUGAUACCGGGAGAAUCGAUAAUCUGGGGCUAACGCUAACAAAAGGAAGUCCUUUCACUGGUUUUAUAAAUUAUCACUUGCAGCGAUUUCAGCUUAAUGGCGUUAUGAACAAGUUGCGGAAAAAAUAUCUCACAAAAAAUAAUCCGAAAACGUUGGUUAACGGUAUAAUCGAUUUACACGAUAUAGCGCCGAUUCUGACGAUAAUGAUGGGUGGUAUGAUUUUGGCACUAUUCAUCUUGAUAAUCGAGAAAAUGUAUUGUUCGUUUAAAACUCGAUCUAAAAAUAACAAAUUGAUUGUUGAAAAAUUGAAUCAUAAUUUUGCUGUAAGGAAUAAAUUGCGAAAGAGAAUUAAUGACGAGAAAAAUUUAAAACUUCAAGAAUUUUAUAAUAGACCGAUUGGCUAUUGGCCAUAAUAAAUAAAAGAUUCGUUAUAAAUGCUAUUAGAGAUUUCUUCUAAAAACUUAAAAUUUUAAUAAAUAAAUUAAGUGCACAUAAUUAUAUUCUUUUAUAAUUCUAAUGCAUUAUAAGAAUAAGAAUUAGAUAAGAAUCUGAUAUAUAAAAUUUCGAAAUAUUUCAUCCUCUGUGGAAUUAGAUUGUAGUCAAUUUUUCUACUAUUUAUUGUGAAAUUUAUGACAAUUCUCUUAUAUAAUUAUA